CGGCAUGUCAGGCUGCGGUUGUAGAUUUCAACAGCGCCGAUAGUGAGCGAGUUUAACAGUUUGAUUGUACAGCUUCCAAACUUCAAAAUGAGCCUGGUGCGUCACUUUCUUCUGACUUGUCGCACUAUGAGUACAGUGGCUGCCAACAGAACACUGAUGAAAUCAAAAGGAUUUCAUGGCAGGUAUGGCAGAGUUGUAGCCUUUGGACUUGGUACUGGUUUGGCCUUGUACUCUCUCAGUGGUAAACAUAAGGCCCUAAUGGCUACCAAAUCAAAGAUCUCCAAAGGAUCUUGGUUGGCAGAGCCUAUAACAGAUGUCAAACAACUUGAAGAGAAUGCCAAUGAUAUGAAGAGCAGGAUGGAGAUGAUGAUCAUGGGAAUACAGGCAACUGUGGUGAAGUCCCUUGAAGAGCUUGAAGAUGGACAGAAGUUCCAAGUGGACAGAUGGCUAAGAAAAGAGGGAGGUGGAGGUGUAACCUGUGUGAUACAGGACGGCUCUGUGUUUGAGAAGGCUGGGGUGAACAUCUCAGUGGUUCACGGAGAACUUAGUCCUGCAGCUGUCAAGCAGAUGAGAGCAAGAGGCAAAGACUUCAAGACAGAUGGUAAACUGCCAUUUUUUGCAGCUGGGAUCAGUUCUGUAAUACAUCCUAGAAACCCCAACUGCCCAACAGCACAUUUUAAUUACCGAUAUUUUGAAGUGCAAGAAAGCGAUGGAACCACUCACUGGUGGUUUGGAGGGGGUACAGACUUAACACCAACAUUUCUGGUAGAAGAGGAUGUGAAACACUUUCACAAGACACUGAAGACAGCCUGUGACAAGCACAGUAAAUCUUACUAUCCAGACUUCAAGAAAUGGUGUGACAAUUACUUCACAGUAGAGCACAGAGGUGAGAGAAGAGGUGUAGGAGGUAUUUUCUUUGAUGACUUAGAUAGUCCAAAUCAAGAAGAGGUCUUCAAAUUUGUCAAGACCUGUGCUGAAUCAGUGGUGCCUUCCUAUGUGCCUAUUGUGCGAAAACACAAAAAUGAUCCAUAUUCCUAUGCUGACAGACAGUGGCAAUUAUUACGGCGUGGACGCUAUGUAGAGUUUAACCUGAUCUACGACAGAGGGACCAAAUUCGGGUUACAGACUCCAGGAGCUAGAUAUGAAAGUAUACUGAUGUCAUUGCCUCUCACUGCUAGAUGGGAAUACUGUCACAACCCACCUCGUGGAUCUAGAGAGGCUGCCAUGGUGGAUGUCCUGAAAAACCCCCGGGACUGGGUGUGACACCAGAUAUGACAUGGCAUCAUGACACUGACAAGAUCAUCCAGUCAUUUUCAUUUUAGGAGUACUACUUUCUCUCAGAAUUGGGGAGAUUUUAGGGGGUUUUUAUGGUAAUUGAAGCUACGAGGCAUUAUGUCUUUCAUAGUCAAGAUAUUAUUUACAAUAUGUGGGAUCAAGAAAUUACCUUGAACCAUUGACAUACCCCUAAAAAUUUGACCCGGAGUAUUUACAUGAAAUCUGAAUUAUUUCCUCUUUCAUAAUCUUUUGAAGUAUGUUUGUCAACUCUUACUUGUAAUGGAAUUGUACACUUGCUGCUUAAAUUUUCUACACAAGUGAUCUGUUAUUGUGAAUAGUAGAACGAUUUCUUGUAAAUACAAGAUAUCUUGUACGAUAUCGCUAUGAUUUAACCUAAGGCUAAUGCAGAAUAACUAGACGUUUUCAGUUGUUGUUGUCUGAGUGAAUAGAUCUCUAUACUGCUUGUCACAGUGACGUUUUUUGUGGCUUUUUAUGAGAAACCUAUGAAUUGUUUCAUUCAGAUAAAUAGUUUUGUUAUUUAGAAUUUUGUGAUUAUUCAUGUGUCGUAACGUAAAAUUUGUCUUUUUUUUGAAAGUGUUUUUUAUAUUUCAUUUUUUUAAAAUUAAAAUUAUGCGAUUGAUCUUGGCAGAAAUAUAUUAUGGUGAUUGCUGCAGAUUAGGUAAGAAGAGAGAUGCAAAUUAAAAGUUUUAUAGACACAUGCUAUAGUUUGUAAACAUUCUUCAAAGAUAAAAUACAUCGCGGGGGGGGGGGGGGUCAGUGUGUAAACAGGCGUUCUGGUUGAUGCUGUUAGGUUUAUUUCCCCUGUGAUACAAAAGUAGCCCUCCCCUCUUCUGUGCCAGAGUCACAGAUGGCCACAUACCCUCUUUAACUUUCCAUAAGCGACAGUGUUAACGUUUAAACGCUGUAGUUCAGCCUCAAAGAUUCCUUGGCUAAUAAGCUUUGGUGCAUACCUGGCCCAGCCUAUGAAAAAGAAGCCAUAAAAAUCUUGACGUAGGUUGACUGUCAAAAUCUGGACAUUUCUAUGCCGGCAAGCAGGGAGAGGUACCUAGCAAAGCCAAGCGGACGUCACUCGCAGCCUCAUCACCACCUGU